AUGCCAACACUGAGAAAUGGCAAUGCUUCAGUGGUCUCUUUGCGUGAGUUUGUGCUAGUGGGAUUUGAGGGUGGGCUGAAGAUCCAGGUCCUGCUCUUUGCUGUAUUCUUGACCCUCUAUAUGGUGACUGUACUGGGGAACCUCACAAUGAUCGUGGUCAUCACACUGGAUGCCCGCCUCCAUUCCCCGAUGUACUUUUUUCUUAAGAACCUCUCCUUCCUGGACCUCUGCUACUCAUCUGUCAUUGCUCCCAAGGCCCUUUCAAACUUCUUCUCAUCAACCAAAAUCAUCACCUUCGCUGGCUGUGCCACCCAACUCUUCUUCUUUGCUCUACUGGUCACCACUGAUGGUUUACUUCUGGGUGUCAUGGCCUAUGACCGCUUCAUGGCCAUCUGCAACCCCCUGCGCUACCCAGUCACCAUGUGCCCCUCAGCCUGCACCCGCCUGGUACUGGGCACUUACUGUGGAGGCUGCUUCAAUUCCAUUGUGCAGACCAGCCUCGCUCUCCGUGUGCCAUUCUGCAGCUCCAACCACAUCAACCACUACUUCUGUGACUUGCCUUCUCUGCUCCGGAUCGCCUGUGCCAACACAGCCCUCAAUGAACUGGUCAUGUUUGGCAUCUGUGGGCUGAUCAUCGUGGGUGUGACAUGUGUGGUUCUUGUCUCCUAUGGCUAUAUCACAGUGACCAUCCUGAGGAUGCGUUCAGCAGCUGGGCGCCACAAGGUCUUCUCAACAUGUGGUUCCCACAUGACUGCAGUGACUCUCUUUUUUGGGACUGUCUUUGUGAUGUAUGCCCAGCCAGGAGCCAUUGAGUCCAUGGAGCAGGGCAAGGUGGUCUCCAUCUUCUACACCCUGGUCACCCCCAUGCUCAACCCCCUCAUAUACAGUCUGCGGAACAAGGAUGUAAAGGAAGCCCUAAAGAGGCUGGGUCAGAAACAUGCAGCUACAUGA